AUGUUUGUGGGAAAACGGGAACUCCGCUAACGUCAAGUGGGAUUCCGAGUUGGUAAGCAAAACCAAACCAAGCCGAUGCGAUCCGAAGCAAGCCAAAUCCGUAUCCGAAUCCGUGCCCAAAUCCGAAUAUCCGGCACUGGAAGUGGAGCAACUGGAGUGACUGGAAGCGCGGGGGAGCGGGACGGAGUGAUUCACAGCUGCUUGUUGUUGUUGUUCUCGCUCUUUAAUAUCGCAUUUACAGUAUUUAUUGGCUGCUCCUCUUCUGCUCCUUGACUCCCGUUACUUAUCGAUUCCUUGCAGCACACUUUUCUGUUAUAAAUUAGCCGUCUUUUCUUUGUGUACUAUAAAUUAUGCCUACUCUAUUUGUAUCUCGCUCUAACAGCCUUUCCGAAUGUUUGUGUGUGUUUGCGCUUCAAUUGCUCUGCAUUUGUAAUGUUGCCUUUUAUCGUUGUUUUUGAUGCUUCCUACGUGUGUUUGUUGCUUGCAAGCACCUAAUACUUAAAACACUGUGCAAUAAAAUUAAGCUUAAGCAGGCGGUUAUCUUUUGAUUUUCGGUAACGUUGAAGCUGCAUUCGUGAUUUUAGCGUAGCCAAACUUGCAGCAACAGUAGCAGAUACAUAGACACUGCAGCGCGCACACAUACAAGCACACGCGGGAAAUCAGAACCUGAACCAGAAAUCGCACACUAACGCACGGGGAUGUGGGGCGCGGGGCACGGGGCGGAGAAGCACUGUGGGGGGCGGCGAGGCGGAGCAAAAGAGACAGUGAGAGCGAGAGACAGAGUGAGAGAGACGGGAAAUGCUGGAGCGCGGGCGGAGCGGAAUGCAAUGUUUGUGUGACGUCUUCUUCUUGCCACUUACAACGAUCAGCUGUUCCACCGAUUGACACAACUUGUUGAAUAAUCGGUGGUUGUCGGCGGCCAAAGCUAUCAGCUUAUCGAUAUAAGCUUACUGCAAAAUAUUGUUUGAUUAUUAGAAAAAGUAAAGCACACAGCCUACCUAGUUUUUCCAUUUUAAAAACCGCUCAAUUUAUCACACCGAUAAAAACUACUUCAAUUCGAAAGCUAUCGAUUCGAAGGACUUUCGAUUCGAAGGCGCCAUACGCAUUUUGUGCCCUCCGCAUCCAUGCUGCCGUUUGUCCAGGAGAAUGUGCCGGAAAUGCUGCUCCAGCCGGCCCGGUUGGCCUUCUGCGCCAAUCUGCCAGCCGUGGGCCGGCCGCGGGAUGACCCCACCACAUUGGUUCUGGCGAGGAACCUAAAGUUCUACGAAUUCCGACGGAAGGAUCUGGUGCACUACAUUGAUUUGAAGGGCACGAAACUUCAGCAUAUAGCCAGCCAACUGGAGGGCUACGACGGUCCGGUGUGUCCCUUUCUGCCUAAUCGGGAACCCACCGAUGGGAAGCUGGACUGGAGCAUGCUAGAUCCACCUGAGGAUUUGCCACUGAAAUUCGGCAAGUUUGUGUGGCAGCGGGAGGGGAUUUACGUGCUGAUUCAGUGCUGGAAGCACCUUAUCGUCCUUCGAAGGCCCAAGGACCACGGGGCCAACUUCGAGCUGGUGGCGGAUCACAGGGAUGUGGUUGAGUACCAGAUGGUCGAAGGUCCCAUUCCCUACCAGGCCGUUGUGGAACUGGUGUUCGGAAAUGGCAAGCGACAGCGUUGCGAUUUCCAGGAGGAUUUCUUGGAUGAGGAGCCGAGCACGUCCAAAAAUGCCGGCUUGCCCACGCAGGAUUUCGAGAGCCUAGUGCAGGAGGUGAACCGCCUUCAAGCCGAGCUGAACAGCCUGCGAAUCCAAAACCAAAAGGACUUUGCCCACGUCCAGGACCUUCUAUACUUCGGCUCGCCGGCCGAGCGUUCGCUGCUCCUUGAGGAGAAGCAGCCGCUCCGACGACUCGGCGAUGUAUGGACUCGGAUCUGCGGCGAUUAUUUCGUUUGUGGCACUCUGCUGGUCAACAUGACUGGCACCAAUCGCCUUACCAUAGUCAAGGAGCUGUACCCCAUUGUUGCAAUAGAACCACACACCGACUUUAGCGUGGAGCACCGCCUGUACGAGCUGCCACUGCAGGCAGAUGGCAAACCACCCGAGGACUACGACCAGCUGGCGCAGUUUUGGGCCUGCCAGGACCAGCAUAGCAGGCGGCUCAAAUGGCGACCGGCGGAGAAGGAAAGACUACUGCCGCCGGAACGAUCUGCCGCGAUGGUGGUGCGCCUGCGUCUGGUCGAUCUCCUCGAGGCGGAGCAACUCAUAUUGAUGGCGAUGUACGAGGUUGGCGAGGAUGCAUCCCCUAGGCAAAUCCAUCUCAUUACUUUCGAUGUGAAGAAACUGUUGGCCAAAACGGAGUCGUUGAUACCCACUUUUUCACCCGGCACGCUGCAUCAAGACUUUUUGGCCGUGAUUAUGACGCACACGGCACGUUGCUCCUUGAAAUUGGAGUUCCAAUCGGCUCAGGAUUGCGCGUCAUUUGAGCAGCUUCUGGUCUCCAAGCUGCAGUUUGAGUUGAUACAAGUCCAGGAGGCAGAAAAGGAGCCGACUUCCGACUUGCUGGACGACAGUGGUCCUGGCUCAGCAUUUCACUCUUCCAAUACCGCCGCCGAUCCUGUCCAGCGUAUUUUCUACAAUCGCCAGCAACAGUCGCAGUGGUGUGACAUCUUGCUUCUUCGUGAUGAUCCCGGAAAGCAUUGGCAUGUGUACGCCAAAACGGACGAUCGGUUGCGUUUGUUCCAGCAUCGCCUAACGAGCGAUCUCCUCCAGCUGCACUGCAAUCUCAAUGUGCUAGAGUUCGCUGAGCACAUCCUGUCGCCUGCCGACCUGGAGAUGGAGUUGCUGAACAGUCUGUACGAGGAGGUAGACGCCUGGAAGGUUUUGAGUGAGCCGGCAGACAGUGUGGAGCAGCGCCGGAAGCAGCUGACGCAACUUCACAAGGCACAAAUGGCCAGCGAUGUGUUGGCUUCUAUGAUAGUUACCGAUGAUGAUCCACAAUAGGUUUUCAUCUCUUCAAAGAUGUUUAGGCAUGUUCACAUUGUGUUUAAUGUAAUGUUUAUUUGUAAAAAACAAUAGGUUUUAUUGCAUUCUUGUCAGAGUUGUAAAUCUACAAAUUAAAGCAUUAAUGCGAAUGUUAAAGCACAUGUGAAUAGAAAAAGGGUAUAAUAAACUCGUGUCAUUGUGUCUGAAGUACA